UUGGCCUUGGCAGAGUUAUAUGAAGAUGAAGCUAAAAGGCAGUCAUUGUGUCCUGACAAACCAGCAGCCACAAAAGCAUCACAGAGUCUUAAAAUUGAUUCUCUUAGAAGGUUGAGGAAACCAGAGAGAAGCAUGAGCGAUGACAAAGGAAACCAAAGAUUUUAUUCAGGUGACUUGGAAUACAGAGGAUUGGAGAUUUCUGGAGCUUCUAAUAAUCCAAGUAAAAUUGUUGCUGAACUCUUCAAGGAAGCAAAAGAACAUGGGGCUGUCCCGUUAGAUGAAGCCUCAAGAGCAUCUUCUGAUUUCAGUAAAGCUAAGUCGUUUUCUGGUGGUGGAUAUAGAUUGGGUGACUCAUCACAAAAGCACUCUGAAUACAUCUAUGGAGAAAAUCAAGAUGUUCAAAUCUUGCUGAAACUAUGGAGGAAUGGCUUCAGUUUAGAUGAUGGCGAGUUGAGAUCCUAUUCAGACCCAACAAAUGCUCAGUUUCUUGAGUCUGUUAAAAGAGGGGAAAUUCCCGUGGAACUGCAGCGACUUGUUCAUGGUGGCCAGGUUAAUUUGGAUAUGGAAGACCACCAAGAACAGGAAUAUGUGAAGCCUAGACUGCGAUUCAAAGCCUUCAGUGGUGAAGGGCAGAAACUUGGAAGCCUUACACCUGAAAUAGUCAGCACCCCUUCUUCCCCAGAGGAGGAGGACAAAUCCAUUCUCAAUGCACCUGUCCUCAUUGAUGAUUCCGUGCCAGCAACUAAAAUUCAAAUCAGAUUAGCUGAUGGAAGCCGAUUAAUACAAAGAUUUAACCAAACACACAGGGUUAAGGAUAUUCGAGAUUUCAUUAUCCAGUCCCGUCCAGCAUUUGCAACAACUGAUUUUGUUCUUGUGACUACCUUCCCAAAUAGAGAGCUAACAGAUGAAAGCCUGACACUACAAGAAGCAGAUAUACUUAACACUGUGAUUCUUCAGCAGUUAAAGUAAUCUUACAGUUGUUGGCACAGUACAGGGAGCAUGCUGUUUUGUCAUACAAUAUGUUUCCAACGGAUGAAAACAAGGAAAUGUUGGUGUCUUCUUAUUUCCCCACAUCCACGGAUCAGAUUUUUGGGUUUUAUGUC